CACCGCCUGUUGCUCCUCCAAGGAAGAGCAUUUGGGAGUGAUGAAUGAAGAUCUGUGUUCAUGUAUUGUUAGUUGAAGGCUUAAGCUCUUAUCCUUCUGUUCGUCUUGAAGGAUUUUUGGAGGCAUGAAAUGCCCUUUUGAUUGGUUUAUAUGGUUGGUUGAUUUUGAUGAGUUUUGAUUCUGAGAAUGAGUGUAAAAGACACUGCCAGACUUGACUGUUGUCAUAUGAGGAUUAUACUAGAAGGAAAUGGUGAAAUAUUCGAUACAGAUUAAUUUUUGCUUGGUUUCUGCAAAUUUUGCUGGUGAUAUUGUUUGUAUUUUUGGGUGGGGUUUCAAGUGAAAUUCUGAGUAUUUGGGUUCGUUGUCUAUCUUCAGGAAACGAAACAUUUUUAGUUGUUCUUCUUGUUUAGCUAGUUUUGUUGGUAGCCAAAACAGAGUAUUUACAAGCCAAUGAACUCAACUCCAGACAUUUAUCAUGUGGCUUUACUACACGCCAAAAGACUGUAUAUUGAAGACUCACACAGAAACACUAGACCGUUUCGAUUUGUGGUGAAGGGAGAGGCCUAUUGGUUCACUUCAGUCUCCCUCUAAACCAUGGAACUUCAUUGUAAAGAUAAGAUGAGAAAAAACCAUGUGUGAGCUCUAUCUCCUCUCUAUCCAUCAACAUGGCUUCUUGUCUGAAAACAACUCCAAUAUUUUACCCUUUGACAAAUUCCACCAAGUCCCAAGUCAGCAGUCAUCAAAAUAGGAGAUGGAAAAUUUCAGUUUUGAAGAGAAACAGAGGGAGAGCAGCUGUUGUGCAGUGCUCUGCUACAGCAUCAGAUGGGGAGUUGCGUAUUUUGCAAGAAGGGCUGGGGCAGAAUGGGUAUUUGACAAGGGGAUUCGGGUGGGGAGUGAGGAGAAUGGAGAGGGUUGAAGAUGAGAUGAGGAGGGUAGCUGACGUCCAGGCUGAGGCUUUUCAUGAGCCUGCUGCUCUCUUUAAUGACUUCUUCUUUGAGUUCUUUAAGGCGGAGGUUCUUUCUGCUCUAAUUUACAGAAUCAGAAAUUCACCACCGGACAGGUAUGCUUGUUUGGUCACAGAAUCAAUUAAUAAUGAAUCAAAUUCCCAAGGCAUUCCAGAGCUUGUGGGAGUUGUCGACGUCACUGUCCAGAGAGAAGAUGACGUUCUUCAACAUCUCCAAGGUGCACGAGAAUACCUCUACGUUUCUGGCAUAGCUGUGCUCAUCAAGUUCAGGAGGCAAAAGAUUGCAACGGUAUUAUUGGAGGCUUGCAAUGUGCUAUCAGAACAAUGGGGGUAUGAAUAUCUGGCUCUACGAGCUCAUGAGGAUGAUUCUGCAGCUCAGAGGCUGUACACAAAGGCAGGAUAUAGAGUUGUAUCAAGAGAUCCUCAUUGGAUUACUUGGGUUGGAAAGAAACGGCGGGUUUUGAUGAUUAAACAUUCCAGGACUUCAAGAUAAAGUUUCGAAAAAUUCCAUCUAGUAUUUGAUAAUAGGAAUUACAUAAUCAAUUUUGAGCAUUUAUUGCGUAAAAGUACAAGGGAAAAAAAUACAUAAUUGCAUGUAUAGAGAUUUGGUUGUAGAUAUUGCUCUCCUGCAAGACAUGCUCCAGAAGUUGCAACCACUUGUACUGUUAAAAAGGAACCAUAAAUACUAUCUUUGCUUACUAGCA